GUUUUUUAAUUUCUUUUUAAUCAGAAAAGCCCAUUUUACUGAUUUAUUUUCAUUGCUCGCGAAAAAACAAUAUUUUAUCGAUGAUGUCAUUGAAAACUCUUUUCAACAUCAACAUAGAUAUGCUCUUCAACGACAUUGUUGUUUGCUAGUUCAUUUACGUGUGUUAUAUAUAUAUGCUGUUUAUUAUUAGGUUGUAUUCAGUAUAGGUACAUUGCGGGGGCCGCCGCCCAAAUUAUUUGUAAUAAUCCCUGGAUUCAAUGCGGAUUGAACUAAGUCUGCUGCGUUGAUUGGUUUUGUACCUCUGCGAGUCUCCAGCAGCCGGCAGCCAUGGGGCGUCGUUCCAUCAACUCCACCAAGAGUGGAAAGUACAUGAACCCCACCGACCAGGCCCGCAAAGAGGCGCGUCGGAAGGAGUUGAAGAAGAACAAAAAGCAGCGCAUGGCAGUGCGCCAUGCCGUGCUCAAGAACAAAGACCCGCGAGAGCUUCUGCAGGAGUUGGAGAAAAUCGACAAAAUGGAGUUCAGCGUGGAUACCUCGGCCCCGCUCAGUGAGAAAGUGCUCAAGGAAAAACGGAAGAAACUCAAAGAAACACUCGAGAGGGUCCUCAAACUCUACGAGAAGGAAGACCCCGAGUACUGGGCCGAUAUCCGCCGCUCCGAGUCCGAGUAUGAGAAGAAGAGAGGCUCCCUCAUCACGUACUACGAGUCUGUGAAACACGCCCAGCAGGUCCAGGUGGAGGAGAUCCCUCUCCCACAGAACCUCCUACCCGAGACGGCGCCGGCCCACAUACCACUGCCGCCCGGUCUGGAACUGCCGCCGCCGCCCGCUGCAGGGAUAUUAAAGAGGCAUCCACCCGGCACAGAACCAGGGGAAGGCGCGGAGCCCCGCCGGGGACCGCCCGGUGUUCCACCGGGACCACCGCCCCCUCUGGAGCUACCCGAGGAUGAGGUCGAACCCGAGCCGGCCAGCCUCCAUCCGCCGGGAACGGAGCCCACAGAGGAGACGGCCAGGGAGGAGAGGGAGGAGUCGGAUGAAGAGAUGGAUCAUGAUGGCGAGGGUGGCGCCGGCCCGUCUCGCUCGCGCCGUAUCCGGUUCGAGGGUGACGAGGAAGAGCCUCCGUCUGAGAGGGCAGACGACCGCUCAAAGUCCUCCGGCGGCGUGUUCAACAGCAUGCAGCUCAAGAUGCUGCAGAUGAGCGGACAGGACAUCGACAGCUUCAUGAAGGAGUCUGAACAGCUCAUGAAGCAGCGAGAGGACCGACUGGGCAUCAGCAGCAGCGGAGCCGGAGCCGGAGCCGGAGCCGGAGCCGGAGCCGGUCCCUCUGACCUCCAGGAGCGUCUCCGUGCGGUGGGAGCCCAGUCCUCUGCCGCUGCUGCCGCGGCGGCGGCUGCUGCGGCCGGGGGUCCGCCUCAACUGCGACCUCUGGUGGGCGGAGAACACCGACCGCCGGCAGCCCAGCACACCAUGCCACCAGGUCCGCCGCCCGGCGUGCCCCCGAUGCUGCUCCGACCUCCCCCGCCGGGCCUGCGUCUGCCGCCGGGACCCCCGCCCGGCCUGCCGCCCAGGAUGCGGCUGCCGCCUGGACCGCCGCCAGGCGUACCUCCGCGGAUGAUGCGUCCACCAGUACCCCCGGUGACCGCGGCUCCGCCCCCCUCCAACCCAAACGUGCUCUCCGCCGGGCCCCAGCUGAGAGACAACAAACAGUCGGCUACCAUCGAGGCUAAGCCGCAGAUCAGGAACCUGGGCGCCGACGUCACCCGGUUUGUGCCGUCCGCUCUGCGGAUCAAACGAGACGACAAACACAGAAAGGACAAGAAACACACAGAAACGAGUGGCGAGGCGAGCGGCUCUCAGCCUCAGCAGAAGCCCACCAAGGACGACGCGUACGCGCUCUUCAUGUCCGAGAUGCAGGGACUCCUGUAGGCGGCAGGCUCUACCGCUUGGUGAGAUGAUGCAGACUCCUGCAGGCGACAGGAUCUACCGUUUGGUGAUGCAGACUCCUGCAGGCGACAGGAUCUACCGUUUGGUGAUGCAGGAACUCCUGUAAGGCGGCAGGUUCUACAGCUUGGUGCUGACUCCUCUAGGCGGCAGGCUCUACUGCUUGGUCUUCGCUGUCUUGGUCUCCAUCUUCGACAUCAGCUGUGUCUGCUCUACCGUCUCGGAUAUCGGUCUGCGAUGCCAACCGUGUUUCCGAGGUCGGUGCUUAAGUGUGUAAAGCACAGUGGCUACUGGCGCGAGAGCUAUAGACUACGUUUCUGAAAUGUAUGUUGAGUUCAACGUGUUAGUUAGUUGGCAUUUGCGAAUGUCGCAACACAAGGUGACGAGCGUUCGUGCGCCUGUGGAAAAACAUUACCAUUACGCCAGAUGUGUGAUUUGAGUGUGAGUGCGAAAAGACGUUUGAAGAUGCUGGCAGCCUUUGUAUUAAACUGGCGCCCUAGAAUGUGACCCUUACAUACGUGAACAUUCUUAACAUCAACGUAAUUCACAUGUCAAUGGUCAUAACUUUGUCUCUGUAAAUGAGCACAUCUAGGAUGAGUUAUAGCUGAACGCUGGCAGUAUCAGACUAUAGGCUACUGAACACUUUAACCGAUACUCCAGAGUUCAGAAUGUCCCGACUCAAGUAACGAGUUCCCACGAAGACAGCCAUUCCGCCGCCUCUAUGAUACGCGAGCGUGGACCUGUUCCAACUAUCGGACUCAUGUCGAACGUAGGCAACGUCUUGCAGCUCGGAGUCGCUUCAACAAGUUUCAGCGAAGGCAACGUAGGUUCUCAAAGCCACAGAGAGAGCGACUACAAACCUGAUAUAGAGCGGGCAGCCGGGCAGUGACCUGACACGGUAUGGGCCACGUGCUAGGUCAGGAACGGACCCCGGAAAGGCGCGACCACUGGUCGUGGCCUUGCUCUAGACUUAUCGGGCCGCUAGAACGGGACCGUGAACCUGUUGUUCCACGGCCCUUUUUCAGUGUGCUAACGGGGGCAUCCACCGUUGUAAUUUAGUGUCUUGUCCGAUCACCAUGCGUUUGCUUUGAAAUAUACCAGUAUUUGGUUC